AUGCGCACCGGACUGCCACCGGCUCUCAACGACGCCAAUUGUGACCUUACCUUGCCGGCAGCUCAACAAUUCUCACCAGUGUUUAUAGCUUUUAUCCGGUUGGCCAUCAUUCAGUCCCAGAUAUAUCGUCGAAUCUACUCCGCCUCGGCGUUGACCCAGACCGAUGCCGAGCUUCUCUGUACCAUUCGUGAGCUCGAUGGACUGUUGGAGGAAUGGAAACAGUCAAUCCCUACCGACUCCAGACCUACAUUCACGAGCCGACCGACUGACGCAGAGAGCAUGCUUUCGUCGGCGUUUCAGCUGGAAUACCACUACUCCAUGGCUACGAUUCACCAAGCUAGUGGCCGGUGCCAAUCUUGGACGGACAAGCAGAACACGCGGGCACAGGGGUCCAGCCUGGCCAUCAGUGUCGCGGCAAGUCGGUCGCUGCUGGGCAAAUUCUCAGAGCUUGAGCUGCAGUUCCAUCAACUGACAGGCCCUAUGUUCUACCUUCCCUACCUCACAGGAGCCAUGAUUCAUCUCUUCUGCAACAUUCUUCUGUACCCGGAGGAAGAGAGGAGUCAGAGUGACUUGGAACUCAUCAUCGAAGUGCCGGUCCGCAUGGUGUCGCAGCUGUGGCCAGACGCUCCUGCGGCAUUUCGGACCCAAGUGGAGUACGUGAAAGGUCCUGUUUCUGGAAAUCUCUCCUAUCUCUACGGGACUCAGUUCAAGGAAUCAGAGCACACUCAUAACCUCAAGCUGCUGUAUGUGGACUACGACGGCGGCGUGGUUGGCCAAUCCGUGCUCAAGGCAACACCUUCCCAACCAUCCAGCAACAACUGUCCGACAAUUUCGCUGCCCCGAGCGCUGUCCGCAGUGCUGUCUGCUCUGGAGUCCACUGGGGCGCCGUCUAUGCGCUUCCCGAUGCCUCGGACAAUCUCGCGGAAGCCCUGGUCAAUGGCAGCAGCACCUCCGCCCCGACGACCCUGGCCUACAUCUGGAAUGGAGCUCGUUACGCAGCUUACGCUCAGAGUGCCGCCACGAUCGGCCUACUACGCCAACAAUGCUUCCAGCGCGUUGGUCUCGAAUGUCUCCGCCCUCAACGUCUUCCUCGAUCCCAUCCAAGCCCAGGAAAUCAACAUCAAGGCAGCCAACCAAGGGACGAGGAUGCUCUACAACACCGUCUCAAUGAUCAUGACCAUUAUCAUGCAGUUUUUCUUCAUGAUGGCGCUCAACGGCAUCUCCGCUCAGUUUAACCUCUUCACAAGUCUGAGCUGGGUGACGAACGGCUUUAUUCGGAUGUGCGCCUCGGUGGUGUACACCUUUAUCAGCGCGCUUUGCAUGAUUGGGUAUAUUUGGGCCUUUAGGGAGGACUGGGAUGUGAAUGGUGCCCAGUUUGUGCUUAGUUGGAUAACAAUCUGGCUGUACAUGCACAUUGACUUCUUGCUCUUCGACAUCAUGACGACAUUUAUCCCGAUGCAGUUUAUGCCCUUUUGCAUGCUCGCCUGGAUGAUCGCCAAUGUAUCCAGCACCAUCGCGCCCUUUGAGUUAAGCGCAGGGUUCUAUCGUUGGGCAUAUGCUUUGCCCGCCCAUGAAGCCUACGCCAUCCUCGGCCAGAUCUGGAGCGACGGUUGCACGGAAUCAGCUAUCCCACCAUGCCUGGAACGUUCAACGAUCGGUAGUUCGGCCGGUCUUCUUGCAUUGGGUUGGGGGUACGCUCGCUGGCCCGACGCAAAUAGAUUAUAG